AACAGAUUAUUUCAUGGAUUUGCGUGCAGCAGCGAGAGAGAAGACCGAGAGAGCUAGCGACGUGCUUGUGUAUUGUCACUGGAAGAAACAGCGGCAAAGAGCAGUGCAGAUCGAAGAUUAUUCCAAUUGAAGGUCUUGCUUGACUUGUGCUACUGGGCCAUUGGACGUUCUUUGUGAAGAAACACUGAAUGCUUUCAAUAGGCAGUCUCUUCUUUCAUUGGAGAGAGAAGACCAUAGCUGUGCUGGGGGAAACAGUGGAAAAUCUAGGCUGAUGAUCACAGCCCUCCAGCGGGUACAGACCUAGACAGAGGAGGCUGACUGGGUGGAUCCCGUAGCCAGACAGGGUGCACUCCUCUGGGGGAUGGAAGCAGCAGGAUUCCCCUGUGAGUGCCACAGAUCUCCAUGGUGUGAUUGUGUAGAAGAAGAAGAAUAGCCCUGCUGUUAUCUCAUCCCUCCUUUCCUCUCUUCAUCCCUCUCUCCCCCUCCCCUGCUCAUUGAGGAUGAGAGUGAGGUGGGACUACACGUCACCUGCAAUAGCAGACUCGCACAGAGAGAGGGUCAUGCCUAGGUCACUCUUCCUCUUGCUUCUCUUCCUCUCAUCCCUCUGCUCCACCUGUCUGUCCAUCCAUGCGGAGACAGCAGAGAGCCACAGUACGUUUACAUGUGAGCCAGUAGGACUGCGGAUGUGCCAGGACCUGCCUUACAACGCCACCUUCAUGCCCAACCUCCUGAACCACUACGACCAGCAGACGGCCGCACUCGCCAUGGAGCCCUUCCACCCCAUGGUGAACCUGCAAUGUUCGGAGGACCUGAGGAUGUUUCUGUGUGCCCUCUACGCUCCAGUCUGUAUGGAGUAUGGCCGCGUGUCCAUGCCCUGCCGAGCCCUGUGCCACCGCGCCAAGAGAGACUGCCACAAACUCAUGGAGAUGUUUGGGGUGGCCUGGCCAGACGAGACAGAGUGUAGCAGGUUCCCAGACUGUGACGAGCCCUACCCCCGUGCGGUGGACCUCCAGACCAGUGCAAAUCCCACCGAUAUCUCUCCCAUGUCUGUCCAGAGGGAUUUCGGCUUCUGGUGCCCCCGCAAGCUCAAAAUGGAACCCGACCUGGGCUACUCAUUCCUGGGCGUGAGGGAGUGCUCGCCCCCCUGCCCCAACAUGUACUUCCAGCGCCCGGAACUCACCUUUGCCCGCUACUUCAUCGGCGUAGUUUCCAUCGUCUGUCUCUCGGCAACACUCUUCAGCUUCCUCACCUUCCUCAUCGACGUCACGAGGUUCCGCUACCCGGAGCGGCCAAUAAUCUUCUAUGCCGCUUGCUACAUGAUGGUGUCGCUUGUGUUCUUCCUGGGCUUCCUAUUGGAGGACAGGGUGGCUUGCAACGCGGCGAGCCCCACCCAGUACCGGGCGGCCACCAUCACACAGGGCUCGCACAACAAGGCAUGCACGCUGCUGUUCAUGGUGCUCUACUUCUUCACAAUGGCGGGAAGCGUGUGGUGGGUCAUCCUCACCAUUACCUGGUUCCUGGCGGCCGUGCCCAAGUGGGGCAGCGAGGCCAUCGAGAAGAAGGCCCUUCUCUUUCACACCUGUGCCUGGGGCCUGCCCGGCUGCCUCACCGUGGCCCUGCUGGCCCUCAACAAGAUCGAGGGCGAUGGCGUGAGUGGCGUGUGCUUCGUGGGCCUCUACGACGUCACGGCGCUGCGCUGGUUCCUGCUGGCGCCGCUCUGCCUCAACGUGGCGGUGGGUGUGGCUCUGCUUCUGACGGGGAUCGUGGCGCUUAACCGUGUGCGUAUGGAGAUUCCUCUGGAGAAGGAGAACCAGGACAAGCUGGUGAAGUUUAUGAUCCGUAUCGGGGUGUUCUCUGUGCUUUACCUGGUGCCCCUGCUUACGGUCAUCUCGUGCUACCUGUAUGAACACAGCUACAGGUCUGUCUGGGAGACCACCUGGGUCCAGGAGCGCUGCAGAGACUACCACAUACCCUGUCCCUUCCAGGUUGAGCAGACCAGUCGUCCAGACCUGGCCCUGUUCCUCAUUAAGUACCUGAUGAUGCUGGUGGUGGGGAUUCCCUCCAUUUUCUGGGUGGGCAGCAAGAAGACCUGCUUCGAAUGGGCCAGCUUCCUACACAGACGCAGAAACAAAGAUAGUGGGGUGAAUGAGAGCAGACAGGUGCUCCAGGAGCCAGACUUUUCCCAGUCUCUACUGAGGGACCCCCACACCCCCAUCAUCAGGAAAUCACGGGGAACCUCCACCCAGGGCACCUCCACCCAUGCCUCCUCCACUCACCUGGCCAUCCUGGACGAGCCUGACGACCCUAGACACGCCCCUGAUGACCGCAGACCAAUCCACUCGCUGGGCCACACCUCCUCCACCCGCAGCAAGGCUGGCAGCGUGCACAGCAAGACCAGUUACCAUGGCAGUCUACAUCGCUCCCGAGAUGGACGCUACACCCCCUGUAGUUACCGAGGCGGCGAGGAGCGCACUCUACCCCCCCACGGCAGCACGCCCCGCCACGACCACCUGCUGUCCACUCACAGCAGCCUCCACGGUCUGGAUGCCCAAUCACAGCACAGCAGCCAGUGUGAUCUCUCCGUGGCCACACCCACCCUUAUCACCCACGGGACGAGCUUCGGCCGCGUCACUAAUAAUGGUGACAAUGGAGCCAGCGCCUGACCGGAAACAGGAAAUUAUGUCAUCACUGCUGAACAGGAAGUUGUCAGUUGUCCCGCUCCCCACCUUCAACAUACACACAGGUCCAUCCCAUUCAGGAGGAAUGUGUGAGAGAGGAAGUGGGGCCUUCAGUUUGACUGACAGAUGGAUCACUCCUGGACAGCUUUUCACAGAGGUUGCUAAGUAGCGAGAUGCUAACCCUCAAUCAGUCAGUUGGACUUGGAUUGGACUCUCUAUAGAGGGAAUGGCUUCAUGGCCAGAAAGCCAGCCCACUAUGAAUGAGGGGGAUUGUGUGUGUACUCUGAUACACACCAAGAGACCCAGAGAUGAGCUGAUAAGGUCUACUCUGUGUGUGUGUUACAGUGCUCUUUUGCUGUGGUUGUGAAACAAGACUAUUAUAUUUUUUUAUACUGUGAA